AUGGAUUACGAUGCUUAUGACGCUUUGCUCCACCACAUCUUCAAGGAAACCCAGGGUGACGCAUGGUUCAAACCCUCCGCAGAGAACGUGCAUGCCGGUGUCUGCUUGAGGAUUAACACUGGCCGCUUCCGUGUCUUCCCAUACGAAAAUCCGCACCUUGAACCGUUUGAGGCUGCCGUCAGAGCGCUCAAUCCCGUCGUCGCUGUCAAGAUCCGCAGCGCGGCAAUUCAUGCCGCGCUUUCCACGACCCAGAUAGAUGCAGAUGCCAUCUUCGUCGAUGUGGAUACCCGUAUUCAGAUUUUGGAUUCGAUUGCGUUCUUGCUACGUGCGGACAAGGAACAGUGUGCCGCCUUCAUCCGCGACGAACGCGUCCUCAUUGUCUGGUCUUACUCGCUUGACACGAUCAUCGCGACGUGCAGAGAGCUCGACGAGAAGCUGAUCCAGCUUGUGUGGAAGCACCGGUCGACCCUCACCUCCCGCGCCGGCUCGGUGGUGGCAUCGGCCGACGCGUCUCACACUAACCUCAACGAGCUGUCUUAUGCGGUCAGCGGAAAAGAAGUCGCGGAGCCCACCAAAGAGAAGGAACUCCAGCCGAAGAGGAAGAAGAGGAGCUGCGGUCUCGGCUAUUUCGUGUCGGAUAAGAACGACGUAGAGAAGACGGCGCAUGGUCCUUCGCAUCGGUCCGUCCGCCUGUUUGCGCCAGUCUACUCUGGUGUUGGCGCGGCGCUUUCCGUUUUCUUCAUAACCAGCGGUGUCAGCAUCAUGAUCCAGGAGUUCAUGCUCGACGGUACAUACACGCGAUUCGCCCUUCUCGUCACUGCCCCGUUUCUGUUCUGCUUUUUCUCGCUACAAAUCGUCACUAAUGUCUCCUAUGUACUCGGUCCUGUGGCGCAGUUCCAUGAGAACUCGAAGUACUACUCGGCUAUUCCUCCCGCACCAAAUAAGGACGUCGAUGCGAAUCUGCCACAUAUCACCAUCGAACUCCCGGUGUACAAGGAAAGUCUGAAUGAGGUUAUUGCGCCAUCGGUGUACUCCCUCAAGAAGGCAAUGCAGACAUACGCCCGCCAGGGCGGCACCUCCGCUAUCUUCGUCCACGACGACGGUCUACAGCUUCUUCCCGAAUCGGACCGUGUGGCGCGCAUCGCGUUCUACGCAGACAACAAUAUCGGAUGGGUGGCACGUCCUGCGCACGACAACGCGCCCGAUGGCUUCAAGCGCGCGGGUCGGUCGCUGCGCGUCGGCGAGAUCAUCCUGAUCGUCGACUCGGACACGGUCGUGCCUGAGGACUGCCUGCGCGACGCGGCGCGCGAGCUGUACGAGUCGCCCGAGGUAGCGAUCAUCCAGCACGAGUCGGACGUGAUGCAGGUAGCGCACCACUACUUCGAGAACGGGAUCGCGCACUUCACGCGGCGGAUCAACAAGUGCAUCUCGAUGGGGUGUGCGAAUGGGGAGGUUGCGCCAUUUGUGGGGCACAAUGCGUUCCUGCGGUGGUCUGCGCUACAGGAUGCGGCGUUCGUCGAUGCUGCGGACGGGGUGAGGAAGAUUUGGUCUGAGGCGAAUGUGUCGGAGGACUUUGACAUGGCGCUGCGAUUGCAGCUGAAGGGAUACAUCAUUCGAUGGUCAACGUACUCGGAGGGCGGGUUCAAGGAGGGAGUGUCGCUGACAUGCGAUGACGAGUUGAAUCGAUGGCAGAAGUAUGCUUAUGGCUGCAACGAGCUGAUCUUCAAUCCGCUCAUCCACUGGUGGCGCUUAGGCCCAAUCAACAAGCAGCUGCGGAUCUUCAUCUGGUCUGCCGCACCCGUCCACUACAAAUUCAGCAUGCUUUCGUACAUGUUCUCGUACUAUGGUAUCGCUGCAGCCGCACUACUAGCCACGAUGAACUACUUCCUGUUGGGGUGGGGUGUCACAAUCGAUGGGUUCUACGAGCACAGCUUCGAGAUCUGGCUCGCGUGUACCGUCGUCUUCCCCGGCGCAGGCAACCUCGGCUUCACGCUGCUCGAGUACCGGCUCGGCCAGCGCGCGCUCUUGAGCUCACUGGCUGAGAACCUCACCUGGGUGCCCUUCUUCUUCUUUUUCUUCGGCGGCCUCCCCAUCCACCUCUCGGCGGCGCUCCUCGCGCACCUGUUCUCGUACAACAUCACCUGGGGCGCGACCAAGAAGGAGGUCGAGCGCUCCAACUUCUGGCAAGAGGUCCCGCGCAUCCUCGCCCGCUUCGGACCGGCGUUCUCGCUCUGUCUCCUUCUGUGCGCCGCGAUGGUCGUUCUCUCCCUCGGUGUCAUCCCCUCGGGCUGGCAGAUCCCCGGGUGGGACUGGGCUGCGAUCUUUCCGCUAGCCAUCGUCGCCGGCUGCCACAUCCUGUACCCCAUCAUACUCAACCCGUGGCUCAUGAUCUUUUCGUAUUGA